CUCUCUGUCUCGCCUCCGUGCCCUCACCCCGUAGGUGUUGGUGGAAUGAGCGUUGCGUGUGUGUUGAAGAGAAAAGCAGUGCUCUGGCAGGACUCGUUCAGCCCCCACCUGAAACAGCACGCUCAAGAUACAGCUAAUCCCAACAUGCCUGUUGUAUUGACAUCUGGAACAGGGUCCCAGGCUCAGCCACAGCCAGCUGCAAACCAGGCUCUUGCAGCAGGGACGCACUCCAGUCCUGUUCCUGGAUCCAUAGGAGUUGCAGGCCGCUCCCAGGACGACGCCAUGGUGGAUUACUUCUUUCAGAGGCAGCAUGGUGAGCAGCUUGGGGGAGGAGGAAGUGGUGGAGGCGGCUAUAAUAACAGCAAACAUCGCUGGCCUACUGGGGAUAACAUUCAUGCAGAACAUCAGGUGCGUUCUAUGGAUGAGCUGAACCAUGAUUUUCAAGCGCUUGCUCUGGAAGGACGGGCUAUGGGAGAGGUAAGUAAAAGGCCUACAGAAGAAAAUCUGUAUUUUGGGGGGAGGAGGUAAAUGUAUAGGAGGCUU